AUGAUUUCCUCGAGCUCAAACGUGCGGCCCGUCUCGCGGACGUUCGCGUCGUCGUCGUUGCGAACGUCCGUCCGACGCGCGUCGUCGUUCGCCGACGCGUCGUCGUCGUCGCGCGCGUCCACCGACGCGAUAGACGACGCGCUCGUGCGAUUCGGUAAACUCUGGACAGGCGCGGCGCAGUGCCGAGUUCUCGUCGCCGAGAGCGCUCGACGGUCGUUCUGGAGGGAUUACGAGCACAUUGAAUGCGUCGUGAGAUCGUACCUGAGGGUGUUCCCACCGAACGGGCCGCACGGCGUGGACGUCGUCGCGCUGUGCGUGAGGGAGCCGCGCGCGCUCGCGUUGUCGCUCGAGGCGUUCGUCCAGGGCGUUGUUCGAGCGACUCAAGUCCUAAAUGUGGGCGGACGACAGAUCACAUUGGCCCCUGGGUUGAUUAUGUGUUCCGAGAGCGAGUUAAGGUUGGGUAUCGAGGCGUUGACGCGCGCUGUCGGCGAGCGCGAGGCGAGACGUCUGACGCUCGAGCAGCCGGAUAGAGUGUUACAGGAAGUCGGGUGGUACGACGACGACGCGGACGAGGACGUGGGUACGGGUGCGGAUGCGUCGUCGAUGGAGGUGAUGCAGGCGCUCAGACAUUACGCUCGAGUGGUCCCGCCCGCGGGUUCGAUCGACGUGGACGAACGCAUGGCGGACAGAGAGAGGAACGCCAAGAAAUUCCAUGUUCAGAAGGGAUUAUAA